UUGUGACCGCCAUGUUAUGACCGCCGUCGUGUUCGUGAAAAAAACGUAGUCACUUUUUUGAACAAGUUAUGUCUAUUGUCUUUGAAUUGUUAAGGGUUCUGGUCGAGGUAUAGACGACCGUGGUUCACUAGCCUAGUUGUGCUAAAUUUAACAUGGACGAGUCAUAUGAAAGACUACAAAAGUUAGUUAGCAUCGAAAAAGACAUAGCAAGUAUUGUCCAUCACGCCGGCCAGGCUGUUCAAGAAUUAUCGAAGGAUAAACCAAGUGAACGAAAUGCUGAAAAUGAAUCCAAGCAGUUCCUAAAAAUGUUGAAAGACGUUGAAAGCAAACUGACUGAACAAAUUGCUUACCUUGGACAGGUUGCAAGUGGACAGCCCCAUGAAGGCUCCAGUUAUCUGCUGCAGAAAGAUGCGCUGAUGGCCCACCAUCGCCUUCGCUACACCAGGACAAAACUGAAUGAGUUGCAAAAAACAUGUGCAAGCUGAACUUUGACAUCAGUGACAUUUAAUUAAAUACCAGAUAGUGCUGUAAUGGGUGUCUUCAUUUACAUCAAAUACUGAACAGGGGUCCCAACUUACCUGGAAAUUGGGAUGGCCUCCUGCACCCAGAUUACUUGGCCCAGAAUAUAACCCACCUUCUAAAAAUUCAAUAAAUCUGCAUGUUUUAAUUACUAACUAUAUUACCCCUUAUUAUCAUGUGUCUCACGGAAAUCAGUGUCGAUGGGUAUCACCAUAUAAGCAGCAAAACAAAAUUAGAUGUGCUAAGAAAGGCCAUAGAAAACGGAUUGCCCGGAAAUGACUUCUUCAAACUUGGGACCCCUCGAAUAAUGAUUGAUUUAUACAUUUGGAGAUUCCAGUUUAGCGCUUUUUUACUAAGAGAAAUGGUCCAGAGCAGCAAACUGUUAAACAUUUCUGAAAUGCCAGUGUUCCCCAUGUUACAUUGUAGCGGCAUCCUCAUAGGUAUUAUUAUAGCCGUAGUCAACAGCUAUGAUAUGCUGUACUGAGCCUACAGUAUCUGACUUACAACAUUAUCAAUUUGUGAUAAAUUGGUUGUAUAAUAGUGUCCCCUAAUGAUACAGAAUAACAAUCAUCUGUUUCAUGUUUCCAGUGGAAGUGGGUCAGACAUUUAUCAGUCUUGCUUUUAAAAAACAAUUUCUUGUAAUCUCGAAAGCUCCGAUGAGGGCAGUAUAUUAGAGGCAGUAGAGCUAAAAAAAGAUCUAUCAGCCAGGUGUUUCUCAUCGGAGCUAAUAACAUAGGCCUACAAAUGCCUACAUUUUUUAAUAAUCUUUUUUAAAAAUAUUUGAAGAUAUUGAAGCACUCUCCUAUAGGAGCUCUGUUCAUGUACUCUAUAUGAUGAGACCUAUUGAGUUCAUUUCAUUCGUUUUCACAUUAUUUUUGUGCGAGUACAAGACAUGCUAGGGGAGAGGCAAGGGGGUUUGAAAAUGUAGUCUCUUACUGAUGAUUCCAAAAUAACCAUUUUAUGGGAGAGAGGGAGUUUCUGUACUCUCUUCAAUAUGAAUUAUUUCAUUACACUGAUGAGAUGGUAUAAGUAAGCACUUCUUAAACAAACACUAGAAAAAAAAAACUUAAGAAAUUGUUCGCAUUUAUUUAAGAUACAUACAGUAACAAAAAAUCUUUAUACAAUACUUUUUAUAUAAUAAUAUGUAAUCUCCAGGGUAUUAAAAAAGGAUUUUUAUAAACUGUUAAAGCUUGCAAAAUUAAAUGAAACCACAAGUUGUGUAGUCAUGUUUUACAUUCUAAAGUACAGUCGUAUUUACAUGGCAAAUAUAAUAAACUUUUUAAAUUCAUUUUGUCACAAUGAUUUAAUACGAAUGUUGAUAAAAUAUUUUAAAGCCAAUGAUUAAUUCCUACGUACAAAAUGUGUUUGGUGUAGUAUACUGAUGGCGAUCAUAAAGUUUAUAAGUACAAUUAUUUUGAGAUGACUAAUAUAGCAUUAAGUACACAAUAGCAGAGGGCAUUUGAGAAUCCCGUAAUUUGCAUAUUUUCAUGCUAAAAUUUAUUUUGCAACUGUUUUCUGGAUGAUCCUAACUAGUAAUUAAAAUGUUUAAUCAUACUUAAUAUGUAGAACAAAUUACUUCAAACUCUAAUUAUGAGGCACUUGAAAUUUUAUGAAAAUACACCACAUACAAGUUGCACCUUGCUUAAUUUCUAUAUAAUUUAAGAACAGGAAUUGAAUGCAUAUAAUUUAAAUUGAUGACAAAGAGCAAAUAAACAAAGGGCAAAUAAAA